UAGUUAAUUAGUUCCCAUAACGCAAAGAAACAUUUCGUUUCUUAUCCUCCAGCAAUCAUCCCCAAGAAUAAUCCCACCAAAAAACACUCGUAUCGAAUAGCCAUGGGUGCAUCCAAGUCUAAGGAAAGCUCCCAGAGAUUAACCAUUAAAGACGAAACAUUAUCAGGUCUUGGAAACCUAGUGAGGUUCCUCCCGACGGGGACAGUCUUCACGUACCAGUUCCUCAGCCCUACCUUAUCCAACUAUGGCCACUGCAACACCUAUAACAAGUUCCUCACUGCCAUCCUCGUUGGUCUCUGCGGUCUGGCUUGCUUCUUUUCUACUUUCACUGACAGUUAUGUCGGAGAUGACAAGAAAACCCACUACGGGAUUGCAACGUCGAAGGGUCUUUGGCCCUCGCCAGAGUCCAAGAACGUCGACUUGUCGGCCUAUAAGCUUCGGUUUGCCGACUUCGUUCAUGCCUUCUGUACGGUGACUGUGUUUGGAGUCGUCGUGCUUUUGGAUCAAAAUACUGUGGGGUGCUUCUAUCCGGUGUCGGACUCCAUUGAGAAAACUUUGCUCAAGAUGUUGCCUCCUGCUGUUGGUGUGGUGUCGAGUGUGGUUUUCAUGGCUUUUCCUAACAAGCGCCAUGGAAUCGGAUACCCUAGAAGUAGUAGUAGUACUGAUCAGUCUUCCAGGGAUUCCAAGUCUACUGGCGGAGAAGUAUCCUUAACGGAAGCCUAAAGAAUUAAGUUCAAGUACUGUUGCCUUGUUUUCGUGUGUAUAAAUUCCUAUGUUUAUAUAUAAGGUUUGACGAGAUACCUACUUAAUUUGUUGCAUGGCGCGCGUGAUCAGGUUGUAACUUGUGAAUCUUCACAGGAUUUUCAGUUCGCUUGUGCUUUAAUUUGUGGAGAAAUAAUAUCCCAGCUCCAGAGAAAAAUCUAAUUAAGGACGUUUGUGUAUGGUUGAAUAUUUCUUCUUUCUUGUGGUUUCUGCUUGGAGAAAUACCCUUGAAUGAUCAGACAAACCUAAGGAAAUUUGUGUAUGGUUAUGUAUUCUUCUUCUUCUUACGUUGUUAUUCAUGUGGUUUCCCUCUUUAUAAUAAGGUUAGACAUCAUGGUAUAUAUGUUUGCU